AUGGAGCACCUCGUGCGCGACCCGGCUCGUCGGACAUGGGUGUACUACCUCAAGGCCGAAGGGAUGGCGGCGUUAAAGGUCGCGGUCACGCUCCGUGCAAGAAUGGUGGAGAAGUGGAUCCGGGGCGUGAAGAGGGACUUUCUCGACGCCGCAACGACCAAGUGCGUUGGGUUGGACUGCGAGUUCACCGACCCUCGCAAGGCCGGUGAGGAGCAGCGCGCCGCCGUCCUUCAACUCUCGGUGGCGUCUGAGACAUUCUGUGGCGCCGCUAUCGGCAAUGAUGUGAAAAAGCUAAGACUCGACGGCAUUCACAUCACUUCUACGUACGACCUUCAGAAGGUAGUCCCGAACCCCACCACCAAGCCCACUCCAAUUCUAUAUGAUUUGGCAAACCAUAGCAUUGGGACAAACCUUGAGCAGAAGAAGAAGUACAACCACAAGAAGAAGAUGGACAUCGUCGCGCAAGAAAAAGAAGAUGUGCUCAUUUUUGGAUGGGACAAUUAUCCAUUGAGCUACGAGCAAGUGCACUAUGCAGCACUAGACGCUCACCUGGGCUUCGAGAUUGCUAGAAAGCGUUGGAUGCUAGUUGGCUACUAG